AUGCAUCCGGCUCCGAGUCUGUUAGAGGCACCUCCGAAGAACGGCAGCGAGGAGUCUGGCAACAGACCCCAAACUGGCUCGCCUUCAAUGUCGCAACAUGAGCUGCCUCAGUCUCAGCACUCUCCAGUCCAGCAGCACGUGCAGCCACCAUUGCAACAGCAGCAACAAGAGCAGCAGCAACAACAACAGCAGCAGCAGCAGCAGCAGCAGCAGAUCACACCUCAGCAGCGCCAGUCCUCGCAGCAACCUCCUCCCACCCCCGGCCAGUCGGCUUCUCCUCCCCUGAGAAAGGACACCAAUUCGUCCAUCUCAACUCAGGCAACUGCGGCCUCCGCAGCCACCAAUAUGUCUGCGGACACAAGCAACACAUCGUACAGUGCCGACACCUCUCCUAACUUAACAUCCAUAUUCCAUGUCAAGGAUGGCUCCGACGUCUCUAACCGGGUCCGCGCGAGCAGGAGGCGAACCGGUCCUUUGUCCCAGCAACAGAGAGAGAAAGCCGCGCUCAUCAGGAAGCUCGGCGCCUGCAACGACUGUCGUCGUAGGAGAGUUGCAGACAUCGCCCCGUCCAUGUCGGCGCAGCGCCCGCUCAGCCCUGCCCCUGUCAUGAACAAUGUGAAGCAAAUGUACUCGCAGGACCCCCAGGAGAUGGACAUAGACUCUCCAACACCUCCGGGACAGCAUCGACUGAGCGAAUCCCGCAUUCGCACGCCACUCCCGACCGGCCCCAGGCUCGACAAGCCGCCAAUGUUGCCGGGCAUCGAGAGCCUCAAGUCGGACCUGCAGACCAACGUCUCGAGGAUCCUGUCCACGCCCAGCCGCAGCCGCUACUCCAGCGCACAGGUCCUGCUGUUGUACUGGCAAGAUGACCCUGACUUUAGCGUCGGAAGUUCUGUCAAGGAGCUGGGAGAGGUCUUUGACCAGUAUUACCGGUAUACGUUUUCCAUCACCACGAUCCCGUCUGCCUCGGAGGCCUGCAAGAGCCCGUGGAGGUGGCUUUCGCGGAAAAUCACCGACUUUGUGGAGGACCGCGACCAGCGGGACGUCUUGAAGAUUGUCUACUACAAUGGCCACUCGUAUCUAGACGGCAACCGGGAAAUGGUGCUUGCUAGCUCCAAGGACAAGGACAGGGCCGAGACGAUCAGGUGGAGCGGUAUCCAGCAGGUAUUGGAGGAGGCGUGCUCGGAUACGCUUAUCAUCAUGGACGCCGCCUUCUUCCCGUCUUCGAAGAUGCACCGCCAGCAGGGCGUCUUGGAACUGGUUGCCGCUGCCGUAUCCGAGGAACACUUCGACGCCCUGGACCGCUGCACCUUUACAAAAGUGCUCACCGAACACCUCAAAACGCGCGCCUCACAACGCUUCACGAGCCCCUUCUCCGCUGCAGAGCUUCACUCGAAGCUGCUUUCCAACUACCCGUCCCUCGUACAGGACAGAAAUCCUGAAAAGGAAACGAUCACGAGCUUCCCCUCGCCGUUGCACAUGCAAAUGUCUGGAAACGCUCGACUGCCCUCGAUCCUCCUCGCCCCGCUCAACAUCGGCCCCUUGAGGACAAGCUUGCCAUUCAGCACCGAGGGCCAGCAGCUCGUCCUGUCCUUCCGGAUAGGCGAUGAGCCCAUCGAUAUCGACAACUGGACCGAGUGGCUGAGAAUGAUGCCUGAGGGGGUCAAGGAUGUGAGGGUCGACGGGCCUUUCCGGCCGUCGAGAUAG